GCCCGUUUAUUCUCUCUCCUCAACGAGUUGAGUAGUGUUAAUAGAUAUCUCUAGAGAGAGAACCUGAUCAGAUUUCAGUGAUGGACGAUUCAAAAUUACAUAGCGGUGUGCGGCGGAGCAGAGAGACGGAGGCUACAAGCUCCGGUUCCGGUAAGAGAAGAAGAUUCGAUCCUCUAGAUCAAGAGAAUGCUGUUCAGCUGGAAAAUCAGUGCCGAAGUGGAGUUGACGUGAAUUUCCCGGAGGAUAUCAUUUCUUCGGCGGAAUCUGAUUGUUGUGAUCAUGUUUUGUCGUCUCAAUGCUUCAACAAUGAUUUGAGCUUAGAUCUGAAGGCGGAGCUUCGUUUCCAAACUGAAACCUCCAUGUCCAGCAAUGACGGUUUCAGAGACACGUGUUCUCUAAGUGAGCUUUGUGGAGAUUCAGAAGAAAUGGAAUCACCGUCAACAAUGAAGACGCAACCACCAGCCUCCGCACCACCACCACCACAGGCAGCAGCAACUUCCCGUCGUAAACCGGUAACAGUAUCAAAUCUUCCAACGGCGGCGGAGAUCGAUGAGUUUUUCUCCAUAGCGGAAAAGAAAGAACAAAAACGAUUCGCGGACAAGUACAACUAUGAUAUCGUGAACGAUGUUCCAAUGGAAGGUAGAUACCAGUGGGUUCGUUUAAAGCCAUAAUUCCCCGAUAUUCAACCAGGUGAAAACUAGGCUAAAUUACAUGACCAGAUUUGCCUUCUCUUUCUUCUUCUCCGUUAACUGUUCUUAAUAAUUCUUACAAGCAUUAAUUCCUCGCUGUCUCUAAUUUCAUAUUUCAGUUUGUUUAGGUUAACUAUGUCAGUAAGUAAUUAAUUAAUUAAUCCAGAGAUGGAAUUCACUCUUUAUAUGUAUAGCCACAUCAAUUCCUAACUAUGUGUAAAACAUCUGCUUUAAUUUC